AUGUGGGAUGCAAGCCUUCAGCUGGUGCCAAGACGUAAAGUUGAAAACGUCCGCCAAAUCCGUGCUUUCGCGCAACUUGAGGGGAAGCCGCUGACGUGCCCGCGGCGCCGCGUGCUGAAUCGGAUCGAUCCCAUGGAGGAGGAGGGCGCAGUGGCGACAUCGAAUCGCGGCCGACACACGUCACGGGAGGAAUGGGCGAUGAGCGGGAACAACGCGCAGUACGACGCCAACUCUGCCGUGCUCGUGGCCGCCAAGCAGAAAGCCGCGCUCCAGGAGCGGGCCAAGAUGAAAUGGCUCGCUUGCCUCGAAUCAGGUCUCUCGGCAGCAGGAGUGGGGCUAGAGCGGGUGGGGGUGGAUGCCGAUUGA